CAACUGCACCGAAUCACCACCGGUCAAGACUUUCUUGGCCUGGUACCUUUGUUAUGCAGCCGCUUCGCGGCAGGCGAUGGCCCAGCGGCUUCAACACUUGCUAGAUGAACAGACGGAAGCCAGCAAGGAGGCUGAGGCAGUGCUCCUGGCAAGGGAGGAGGAGAAAGUGCAACUGCUGGGAUUGUUGAAGCACAAGGAACGUCGUGUGCGACAAGAAUCCUUCUGCAGUUGGCGGUUGCAAGGGGCUUUGCACAACGCCAAAAGCUCGGCUGGGUACUACAUGCUACUUUGCGCACUCCGCAGCUGGAGAGAUUUGGGGCGUGAGCGCAAGGUACGCCGCGCUGCGGAGAAGGUGAAGGUCGUUGGGCAGGGGGACCUCUUGCGCUUCUCCUGCCUCAAGCUUUCCAUCGCGUUGCGCCGUUUGGCCUCCAAGCCUUUUGCAGAUGCAAUGUACCGGCUGAGGGUGCAUGCCGCUUCCCAACGCCUCGAAGAGGACAAGGCAGCCGAUCUCAUCCAUUGUGCUCAAUGGGGAUGGAAAGGUGCCAAAAGCAACUGGACUUUUGUGCGAGAUGCUGGAGGCAAGGACGACAGAGACCUGCUUCAGGUCGAGCCGGUUCAGAUGCAGGCAAAACCUGCAAAGAGCGCAGAAGUCUUGCCACAACAGGUCGAAGCACCGCUAAGACAACUGCAUACUCGGCUUGAACAGCUUAUGGAAGUGGCCAAAGUUGAGGGAGAGCUUGAGGUGAAAGCUGCCAAGGCUCUGUCUGCCACAGAUGUGACACAGAAGCAGCCUCAGCUGGAUGAGGCAAUUGCCUACGAGGCGCUGGUGGGACGACUCCGAGCUGAGCUGCGCUGGGAGCGUGCGUCGCGACACAGCUGCGAGCAGGCUUUGGAAACACUUCGUGGCUCGUAUGGUCUCCUGCUGAGCAGAGUUCCAUCAAAGUGCUAAUGGCCUUGACUCCUAUCGUGGAGUUCAUGGGGAUUUUUAAUUUCUGGCACAUGCCGAGUGUACAAUAGUUAAAAUAAUCGAGCCGUCCUGGCUUCACGCGAAAUGUCCUCUUCAGCGUUGGCUGG